CCAGGGGAUCGGAGGGAAGCUAUCCUCGGGCUAAGGGCCGACUUAUCCACGACCAAGCGAUGUUGGCGGGGAACCCUCCUCCGCUUCGGUCAACGAGGGUUCGGCUUGCUCGAGCAUUUGCUACUACCACCAAGAUCCGCACCAGUGGCGGCUCCAGACCGGCUCGCGCCGUAUCCUUCUACGCUCACCACCGCGCCCUCCUACUCGCCGGGGCCUCGAGACCUCCUCGACGCAGCCUAUAGUGCGCCCGGCGGUCGAGUAUCGGGAGGAUGCUUGAGCGCCAUGCCAUUUUCGGGGUUACUUGCUUCGGCAGGUGAGUUGUUACACACUCCUUAGCGGAUUCCAACUUCCAUGGCCACCGUCCUGCUGUCUAUAGCAAGCAACUCCCUUCCAUGGGAUCGGAAUUAG